AUGGCUCCUGCGGUGUGGACGGGCCUCCUUCCUCUAUGGAUGUGUCUCCUGCUGGCACCCGGCUUUGCCCAGGCAGGCAAGCUGCUGGUCAUACCCAUGGAUGGGAGCCACUGGUUCACUAUGAAUGCUGUUGUGGAGAAACUCGCCCACAGAGGGCACGAGGUGGUUGUGGUCAGGCCAGAGGUGAGUUGGCGCCAGGGAAAAUCAUCCAAUUACACUGUCAAGACUUAUUCCACAUCUUACACUCUGGAGGAUUUGAAUCAUCAGUUCAAGAUUUUCACUGACUCUCAAUGGAAAACUCGGGAUCAAGAUAUGCUUUCCAUAAUAAUGAAUCCAUCAAACGAUAUAUUUAAAUACUUUUUUUCCAAUUGUAGGAAUUUGUUCAAUGACAAAAAUUUAAUAAAAUACAUAGAAGAUAGUUCUUUUGAUGCGGUGUUUCUAGAUCCUUUUGAUAUGUGUGGCUUAAUUGUAGCCAAGUAUUUUUCCCUCCCGUCUGUGGUCUUCAGCAGGGGAGUGUUUUGCCACUAUCUUGAAGAAGGUACACAGAGCCCCAGUCCUCUCUCGUAUGUUCCGAGAUUUCUCUCCGAGUUCUCAGAUGCCAUGACUUUCAGGCAAAGAGUGUGGAACCACAUUCUCCACUGGGAGGAACAUUUAUUUUGUGACUAUCUUCUCCAAGUUGGUUUGGAAGCUGCCUCUGAGAUCCUCCAGACGACUGUCACAGCAUAUGACCUUUACAGCCACACAUCCGUUUGGUUGUUACGAAGUGACUUUGUUUUGGACUAUCCCAGACCUGUGAUGCCCAACAUGAUCUUCAUUGGUGGCAUCAACUGCCACCCGAGGAAGCCCUUGUCACAGGUGAGUUGCCCCUCCUUUAGCUCAGGAGAGUCUGGUGUGGAUGAGAAAGCAAAGCAGAUUCCUCACUGA